UUGCAGUUUUAUUCUGCAGAAGAAUACCACAAAAGUGCGGUCCUGUUAAAAACCGACUUGAUCAGCUGCUGGUGAAGUUAUUUUCGUUGUCUGCCUAACCGCUGUGGCUGUGCCUAUAGGAUGGCCGAAGAAGGCACAGCUGCACUUGCUCGUCUGCGGCGGUUCCUCUACACAGGGCUGGAAGGAAACCGCUAUGCUCCUGGCAGGAGGGACUUUUCUGCUGAAACUGUGCACAGCGUAGCGGCUCUUUUGUCGGAGAAACGAGGAGCAGACAUCAUUGCUGAGGUCCUAAAAUUGUCACGUGAUGGACCACGCCCACUGUGCCCGGAUGCCUCGGCAUAUGCACUGGCCCUCUGUGCUGCAUCCUCAUGCAAAACUACUAAGUGUGCAGCGUAUGGGGCACUGAAAGAGGUGUGUCCAAACCCAGCACAGCUAUUCGCCUUCAGCCGAUUUCUAGAGGAAGCCAGUCAGGGAGGCACGGGGUGGGGCCGAGCCCACAGGUGGGCUGUCACCAACUGGUACACCACUCGCCGCCCCAGAGAACUUGCCGCACACGUGACACGUGUGGUACGACGCCAUUCCUGGACCCACGUCGACGUGCUCCGCCUCGCCCAUGUUAAGCCACCAGAUUCCAGUGCUGGUAUAGUGUUGGUGUUAAAAUACCUUGCCAAAGGCUUUCAAGCGGCGCAGGAUCAUUUUAUGCAGAAAUGCAGCAACGACCUGGAGUGUCGUGAGGUGCUGGAAUACCUACGGGGAGUGCACGAAGUGAAGCAUAGCACAGACGAGCAAUCUGUAGCUCGGCUGAUAGAAAUCCAUGACCUCGCACUGGAGCACAUCCCCACCCACUUCCUAAAGUCCAAAGAGAUAUGGCUUUGCUUGAUUCCUCGGCUUCCUCUCCGAAUCCUCGUGGAGCAACUGCCGCGGCUGGCUCGGAACGGCCUACUGCUGUCUCGAGGGGGAGGAGGAACCGUGUUGCGUCCUCUGCUGGAGCGGCUUCAGUCUGACAACGCUCUUGGAGACUGCCCUCUGGGCCCACUGGAAACGUACACCAUUGUGAAGCAAUGCGAAGCUGCUACCCACGUUGGCACGGGUCGCGCACGGGCCGCUGCCAGUGCAACGGGAGGAGGAAAGCGCGGCCACCGCCAUCACCGUUCGCAGCUUGAGGAUGCUUUAAUGUCACUCCACGUAGCCUCUUUUAAGACCGUGCCAACAACUGGGAAACGCUACCUGGUGGCCGUCGACGUGCGAAGUCCAAUGGCUCAUUCGCGAUCUGCAGGGCUGAGCGCUGUAACACCGGCCGAAGCUGCUGGUAUACUGCUGCAGGCGCUGGCAAAUGCUGAACCAUCGGUGACCGCCCUGGCUUUCUCGGCACGAGGCAUGGUAGAUCUGGGAGUCAACAACAAGAUGACGCUGGCCGACAUACGCGCGCGCAUGCGUGAAACACCCAUGGGUCCAGUCAGUCCCGCGGUGCCCCUGCGUUGGGCCCAAGAGCAACGCCGGUCGUACGAUCUGUUUCUAAUCUGCACAGACACGCAGACCCAACCAGGAGACACACAUCCGGCUGAAGCUCUCAAGGAAUACAGAAAAGCGCUUCACUUGCCACAGGCUAGAUUAGUGACAUGCGCCAUGUGCAGUAAAGGGUUCUCCUUGGCUCCCCCCGAUGAAUUUGGAAUGUUAGACAUUGCUGGAUUUGACGUGAACGUUCUCCGCAUUGUGCAAGACUUCGCCUGUGGCCUCAUAUGAAGAACCUCUGCCUGGUAGCAGUGCUCUUCAACUUAUUUGCCAUGUACUGUCUUUGCAUCCAAACUCAGAAAGAGCUUACCCUACAUGGAUAUCCCCGUGCAUCUCGAUGCAGCACCAUCAGAAUCAAUCCGCCCUAUUUAUUACGCUCUAUUUUUCAUCGCAUUGUUUUCAUAGCGAAUGUUAUGUUUUGUUAUUGCCACUUAGUGUGUGUGAAAGGGACUGAGAAUCACAUUACGUGGUCCUUGCAGAUACAAUGCAAUAUGGGUACUUUAUGCAGCUGUCACUGUCAGGGCAGGGCUGCUGGUGUGACCAGUAGGAUACAAAGGAAGCUAUUUGCUUCCACUUGCGUUUCAGGUGGGGCCAAUAAGUGAUACGACAAAUGCUAGGUAAAAUGUAAUGUACAGUUGAUAAUUUAAAUGCAGGGUGGCCCUAGCUCCUCCAUUCAUGUGGUCACGGCGGUAAUGUGUUGCACCUUCCUUUUGUGCAUGUCUCAGGAUGAUAACAGUUUGAUAUUUAUAUGGUGUUUUACAGAAGUGUGUGCCCACCCGGCAGCAGGGGCAGAUCCAGACCCUGGGUUUUGGAGGGGGGAGUUUCUUUUUUAGAGCAUGUAGUUGAGGAAGGGAGAGAGGGAAAUACAGUGUAUAAACUGACUUUUGGGGGUGGGCCAAUCCACCCUCGCCCCCCACCCCCGCCAUUCUUGGCUGAAAGCAUAGAAGUGUUGCCCUGCGUAGGUUGUUCACCAGGGAUAUGUCGGUACUCGAAAUUAUGAGUAGAGUUAUACUUUUUUUGCACAAGCAUAAUCUGUGCUAGUUAGCCAACAGAUUAGAGGUGUGUCAUGAUAAGUCGCAAAGUGAGAAGGCCACGGCUGUAAAAAACUAAAGUGUGAAACGCAAAAUAGAAGUACCGUAAUGGCAGAUUGCAAGAAGGUGCUGGAGUACCAUGCUUGUGGAGGACAGCAACAAAAUACAUGCGGCAGCGCAGAGGAAUUGCUUAAUCGUGAGGCGUUCCCUCCUGUGGCCGCUCCCGCCGAUUGGUUUCUUUAUUUACUGUGAUAAUAAUAAUAACUUUAUUUUUGUUAUGGUACCCAAAAACAACCACUAGGGUCUACUAAUUGGUAAUGAUUUUUAAAAUUUUAUAUCUAUUCCCCUCUUUGUUGUAAAGUUUGCUUCAAGGUCCUUCAGUGGCAACUGAAAUAAUAUAAAGACAAAAACCAAAAAUGCACAACACAAUGUUUGAGGUAGAUUUAAGCAUUUCCUGACAGGUUUAGCAUUUCGUAAAGCAGCUUUGUUAUUAUGUCACGUGCCACCUGCCUUGGUAGUGAUGGUUCUUAAACGUUGUGGAUAAAUUGCUAAAUUAUAAACUUUCUAAACAUUCUAAACUUACUUGAAUUAGAGAUCUUGAUCCUCUGGUUGCCGGCUUGCCGGCUUCGUGGUUGUCACCACUAUAUCUAAGCACAUGGAAAUGUGCUUCCUACGGUGCAGCUGAGCGAAGUAAAUUAUCUGAGCGAACCAUUUAUACCAACUGUUAUAGUUCAAAUUGGCAUUUGAAGUAACUGCUGAUCCCACUGAAGUGUCAGGAGCAUUGCUGUGUUGCAUAAGCUUGUUAGAAGGAAAUUGCUAGAAAUAAUGUUGUAAGAAUCUAGAAAAUACAUACUCCAUCUAAUAUACAUAUACUACUCCAUGUAACCAACCAAACAGGAAAAUGCAGCCUACGUAUCGAUGGCUACUAACAGCAGAGAUGAUAAAGUAGGUAAACAUCCUAGUACACCAGAACUGUUCAAACAGUUGAUGAACAUUUGAUCAUUGCAGAGGAACAAUAUCAGCCCAGGAUUUUAUAUUAUAGUUCCUACAUUUUGCAUUUUGCCAUGGUUUUGCUUAGUUUCUGUUUUUAAAAAAGAAAAUUUCACAAAUAAGAACUCACAUGCAAGAUUUUGUUGCUUAUACAGAUUCAAAAGGAGCACUUCCACAUCUGUGACAACUAACUAAAAAAAUGUCACAAACAUUCUGCCUUUUAAAGUGGAAUUGUCCUGAAGCUGCUGAACUUUUUACCCUUUUAAUGUUUUAUUCUGGACAGAUUAAGUGCCCCAGUUGGAGCUGUUGGAUAUAGUAAUAUAAGCCUAGAUCUCUGAUUAUCAUUCGUUGGUGACAGUGGUAUAUUGGGAUUGGUGUUGGUAAUAUUUAUUUCGAGAUCGCAAAUAUGCAAACGUACAGAUAUGUAUAUUUUCUUCUCACUUGUGUUGUCAUGGCCUGUGUCAUCUGCAAGCUACAUGUGUGGCAAUACCAUUAGCGGUGGAUCACUGCUAAUAUUGUACAGUGUAACACUUAUUACGGGACAUGGCACUUGGUUAGAAUGUUAGCACUGUUUUAUAUUGCCAGUACUUGGUAAUAGUACCAUCCCUAGAUGCCUUAUUUUUAACUGGGGUUUCAGGUUUUUGGCAACCGUAUUUUCCAAAAUUAUAGGUGAAAAAAAAUCAAAUUUUUUUGGAAAACAGGAAACUGAUUUUUGUUGAAAAUGUUUUCAGUUAGUUCUGACAAUAGGCAAAAGAAAACAAAAACAAAGAGAAGAACAUUAUAGGAGCCUGAAUUGGUUUACAUGUUGAUAAUAUGGCUAGCAAGGUUAGCACAUCUCGAACUUGAAUUUGUUGAAGAAAGUAGAACGAGGCUAGCUGCCUGGUGUAUAUGCGAAAACGGCAUCAUUUCCUUGGGUUUGGAUUGCCACGUACAUACAGAGGGACUCGCCUAACAUGGCACGUUUUUCUUGAGCAUUGUUCUCUAGCUCAGUCAACACAUAGCUGACUCUUCUCGAGCUGUUUUUUGGGUGGUUACUAAUUUUUGCCUAACACACAGAAAUAUUGCCUGCGGACGGUUGUUGCAGAUUUUCUGCAAAUGCCGAAAACAGGAAACCCAGUUUGUGACCAAUGUGCAGACACGGUUGACUUGUACUGUUUACACCUGCUAAUAAGUGCUCUUUAAGUGCUCUUAGCCUUAUUUAUGACAACUGUGUAAGCACAGUUGUCUUAUACUGUUUACAACUAUAACCUUACUAAGUGCUCUUGGCCUUAUUUUUAACAACUGUGCAAGCACAGUUGCCUUAUACUGUUUACACCUGUUUAGCACUCUUGCUUUUUAAGAGAUGUCAUCAGUACCUGUUACUGACUUUGGGACGAUGAUAACGUGUACCCUUGUUUACACUGGUGGAAUGUGGCAUUCUCAGUUUCCACACUUUACCUCGCAUGCUGUACAACAGCGGAGGGGCCAGCGUGCCAUGCAAAAAUCAACAAUAUUCAGUGUUGAUAGCAUUUCCUCAAGCAUGAGACCUUGUCUAUGACCUCAGUUGUUGUUGCGCCACCAAGCAUCCGAUCACUCAAUCAAGCAUGAGACCGAAGACAGAACACUGACUAGACAGGACAACUAAGACCCAUAUUUAAGGCAUAGUACAGUGAAUCAUGUGCUAAUGGCAAUGAUUCAAUGUCGGUAUGUAAGAGCUGUCGCUUUGAGAAUGCAUUUAACAUCCUGAAAAUCAUUCAAAAUUAUUUCUGUGCAAGUUGCAAAGAGUGUCGUUAUCGUGUUACCCAAGAGUUCGCGGUAGUUUUUGUGCAAUAGUAAAGUUUUGAUCUGUAAUGUACACUAUUUACUGUAGUUCUCUUAUGAUCACCACUUACAUAGAGGCAUGUAAAGAAAGCGUUAUGUUACGUUAUAUAUAGAACUCUUUCUUUCCUUGUGCUCUAAGCACACAGUGUGUCACCAUCAAUUUGUUCAGGAUGCUCGAAUCAAGUACAUAUUAUGAAAGGAGUGUCUUAACGAUACCUGCGGCUCCUUUGAUGAACCCUUGUCCUAUUCGUACCCGUUCCGGAAUUGGAAGGUCUCAACGCCCUAAAUAACUUUCCCAAUAGAACCCUGAUGUCAGUGAGCUGUUAAAGUUUGUUUGCUGGACUAAACGAGAAUGUAACUGAUUUUGCAAUGAGAGCACCAUAUCUGGAAGGAAAGUGGAAGGUAUUAUCACCAUGACAGGAGAAUUAUUUCGGUAAGGAAACAAACUGUGUCUGAUCUGAGGUAAUUCCUGGGAAAGGACAACCACAGGUUCCACAUUCCACACGUCUAGUGUGAUGUUUUAAUGCCAGAUAACGUGAAGUAGUGCUCCUAGCACUGACUGCAGUACACACAUACACACAAAAAGAAAAAAUAUGCGGAUGCUUUGAACGGGUGCCUGAUCUAUCCUCAUUUUCUUUUUUACGGUAAUAACGGAAAUGUUAUCAACAUACUUAUACUGUCUGACAGACGUCGAAGUAGAACGUGUUCCAAACUGAAACUGCUGUAGCAAUUUAUUUAUGUUUCAUUGCGGACGUGUUUGGCUAUUUGUUUUAGUUUACAAGUCUUGCAUCAUACUGUUUAAGGAAAACAGCCAUGGCAAACUGGUAUCUCUGGAGUAACACAGCAUACCGAGGGAGAUCUAUUUAUUUUGGUAGGAAAAUAGGAUACUGAAAUAUGUGGUGAAGUGUGGUUUUUCUGCUUGAUUUCAUGUCUAUCAAUAGCCACUCCAGAUUAUUAUGUGCACCUCUAGAACUGAAAGAAAAAUGAUGUGGAAGUAUGUGCUAUGGUAGAUGAACUAUUGAAAUAUGGCAGUCAUUGAGAAAGCCAGACAGUGGCGGCUACCAUAUUUCAAUAGUCCAUAUUAUUAGGCACCUUGAGGCCUGUGUUAUGUUUGUCUGUUGUGUGUUUCAGCCUCAGAACAGUUACGUUCCAUCGUGCUAUGGUACAGUUCCGGUCAACCUUAACAAUAACACUAGAAAAAAUUUGUUCUCGUUUCCAAGCGCGGUAGCAGCCACCCUUUGGGGCACUAAGGGAAUGUUAAGUGAACAAAAUCCUUGUGUAAACUAACAGAAUAAUUUUGUUCAAUUAAGAUUUCUUCAUAGCGCCAAGGGUUGCUCUAAUCGCGCUCAGGAACGAGACCCUUUUUUUUCGAUGUUACUAUUAAGGUUGGCCGGAGCUGUACAUCAGUGUUUACCAACAUAUGUGACGACGCAACGCUCCUCAUUGUCUUGUGCGUUUCUGUGGUGAAUGCUGAACAAUCAGUUGGGAAUAUAAUUUCCUCAAGAUGUGCACUGUGACAAAUAUGACCACGACAAAAAGACAAACUGCCCUUUAAAAAGCAGCACUUAUGGGAACCUUCUCAGUUGCGUGGUUUUUCAAGUUCAAACUGUCCUUUGGGCCCGUUGGUACACAGUACAAUGUUCAUGAUUUAAAGCGCUAGAAGUGCCCUUGCCUUUUAGUGCCUUUAUCGUGGACAUCGCCUAGUUUUGUCUCUUUCCUUCCAAAAAGGUCCUUCAGGAAAAAGACUGAAAGGAACUUCAGGAAAAGACUUAAAAGGUGUAUUAAAAAUCCAAUGAGCUUCUUUGCCAUAGUGAUCAUUCAUGGGUAUGUGUUAAAACCUGCAGUUCUGGUCCAGUUAUUUUCAAAUAUACAAAAUUUCACUAAAUUAUCUAUUUCCACUCGGAUGCACUUGACUAAUGGCUUAAAUUUCUCGGGUCCCAAGGGUCCAAAACGUUGAGAGCUAUUGCCUGUACACAGUUCCUUUGUAAAAUUCCUAAGGAUGAACUAUAUUGUUGUGCAUCCUGUGAUCGCUAUGUACAACAUUUGAAGACACACAAGGUACAAACACUGUUGAAGGAAGUUUUUUGUGUUAGUCCUGCUUGUUCUGAGGUAUUGUUCUGAGGUUCUUGUAUUCGUGUUACACAUUUGUUGAUGCUGAAACUAACUUUCUGUAUCAGAUAACUAAGUGAGGUUUUCAAGUGUGAAUGCCAAGUCUGAAGGGCCAGCCGUUUCUGAUUAUGUGACGCGAUGUGAUUGAUGUCUACUGCUUGAUAGUUGAGACACAAACCUUUCAGUAAGUUAACACAAAAGACAGUUUGGCUAGGUUGUUACCAUUGCGACCGAAAAUGCAUUUUUGUUGUGAAGAAAUAGUUUGGCUGUUCAAGUAUACACAUGUUAAUGGCAAGUUAAAGAGUGUGCCAUUACUCACUUCGUAUUCAACAAGGCCAAAAUCGCACCACGUGGUUCAACCCAACUUCCUACUCGUAGCAAUCAGAAAAAUGUAUUUGCACGUGCUGAUUGCAGUGAUGUGUUUGUGCAGCCCACCUGUGAUUGCCGAUAGAGGGAGACUUCACUGUGAAAGACUGAACAGGAAAACGUUAUGCACUUACUUUUGAAUACACACAAAAUCCAAGUUCCUGGUCCCGCAUCAUUUGAUGAGCAGUUUCCUGUCCUUUGUUCAUUUCCAAAACCACAAGCAUGAACUGACUUGAACAGAGCACCAUACAUACAUGUUGUUCACCGUUCAUUCGUCCUGACUGUUCAUUUGUUUUGUCACCUUGCUGCAUUAUACCAUUUGAUUUUUUGAAGCUGCUUGAUUUUUGUUGUAUUGGUCAACAACACUAUGUCCAUAUUUGUAUUCACAUCCACUAAAUAGGUUGUUAACUGUUCAGUCUGUCAAAGAGAGGUCUGCCUUCUUACCAUUUUUAACGUCAACAGCAAACUCUGCAAAGAGAAGCUUUGUGCAAGUACAAUAAUGAAGUUGACAUGUAUUGAAUAUCAAAUUAUUGUGGAAUAUGCCUUAUCAACUCUUGUUUUAGAUAAAAGCAUGUGUGCAUACCCGCA